CCAUCACCCUUUCCAAGAGAGUUUCGUCCCAAAUCUCUCUCGCUCUCUCUUUUCGGACCCGUCGCGCCGCCGGCGAUUGAGCGAGAGAUUCCCGCCGAGAUUCCGGGAGAGACCCCCGCCGCGAUGCCGAGAAGGUGGCAGGUCUGGGGCCGGCCCGACGGCAGCCAAGUCUGGAUCCCCGCCCCCGACCCCGACGCGCCGCCGCCGCCCGCCGCGGCCCCGCCUCUUCCUGCGCCGGGGCGCGCCGCGGGGAUAGCCGCCGCUUCAUUCGAGGACGCGCCGGCCAAAGGCCAGGACGCUGCUGACGGCUGCCGCGUAGAGUCCAUGGCCGACCUCCUCGUCCAGGCGCGGAGCAAGCUGCUCGAAGGUGAUGGGAUGGCCGGAGCAACCGGGGAUGCAGGAAAAGGUGAGCUGUUCUGCACUGGGUCGGGGAGACCAGUGUCUCUCAGCGAGAGGGCUAUAAGGAGGGCCAGGGCUUUGGUCGGGGAGGAGGUGGAGAAGGCUGGCAUUAAGAGAAAGCAACCAUUUGGGGAUGUACCUGAUGUAGAGGGCGGAUUGAGAGGAAUGGACGCCCCAUUUAGAGGUGGAGUGCAUAACACUGCCAUGCCCCCAUUGUUCCAAACUGGAUCAGGAAAAGCAGUCUUGCCAGGCAGAGACUCAAUCCAAAAGGCAAGAGUUAUUUUAGAAGAUGUUGAUAGUGCUGCUUGUGCCGUACAACCAACGUUCCGUACUGGAAUGGGUAGGGCGGUUCCUGUGAACCGGGCCUUUAUUGGUAAAGCAAGAGCUGUUUUGGAGGGGCAAACGGCUGCAGAACAAGCAGGUGUUGACAGCAUGGAACAAUUUCCACUGUUCCAAACUGGUUCAGGAAGAGUUGUAUCAGUCAGUUCAGCAUCUAUUCAGAAAGCUAAGUCUGUGUUGAAGGAUAAUAAUACAAGCGAGGAAAAUCCAGAGAGUUUUGGUAGGCCUAACCAGUCUAUGAUGUUCCAAGCUGGUUCAGGAAGACAAGUCACGAUCAGCGAAAGAUCCAUUGAGAGAUCUAGAGCUGUGCUGAAUGAGGGAGAUGCGGAAAAGAGUGGACAUUGGGAUACUGGCUGCCAGUUCCCAAUGUUCCAAACAGUAUUAGGGAAGCCUGUUGCUGUGAGCUCGAGCUCAGCUCAGAAGGCAAGGGCAGUAUUGGAGGAAGAAAAAAUUAAACCAACUGAUCCAGGACAUGGAGAUAGCAGUGUUUGUGCCACAACUCUUCAAAGUGAAACACCAAGAUCUGUUUUGAUGAGUAGCAGUUUGAUCAUGACUGAUAGAAGUGUUACACCGAAUGGAGAUAGUUCAAUGCAAGUCACUCGAAUAGAGAAAAAUCACGAGGAUGGCAACCACCUGCCGUUGUUUCAAACUGGGUUAGGGAGGUCAAUUGCUAUAAGUAAGAGCUCAGUUAAGAGGGCAACUGCAGUUCUGGAGCCAAGGAAUAUUGCAAAGGAAUUGGAAGACGAAGCUCAUUUAGAUGGUGGCCAUGACACUCCCAUGUUCAAAACUGGAUUAGGAAGGUCUAUCUUAGCAAGUGAUGGCUGUAGAAAUGAAUUGCGUUCCUCAGAGGCUGAAGAAGCAGUCAAAAGUGUAAACAAUUGCAACGGAGAAGCCUUUGUUGAAGAGGCAGCGUUUCAAGCUGGAAUACAAAAGUUUGUACCCCAAAAUAGAAGUUCAAGUCAUAAGGCCAGUAUGCUUUUGGAGCAACGGAACUUCACGGGGAAAGAUUAUGGAAAUCAACUGCCAAUGUUUCAAACCGGAUCUGGAAAGUCAGUCUUGAUUAGUGAAAGCUCUGUGCAGAAAGCAAAGGCUGUUCUGGAGGAAGAAGUCAAAAUAAAUAGAGAUAAUUAUAAUCUCCUUAACACGGACAAAAAUAUUCCUGUCUUUGCUUCACCUCUCAAGACAAGCUGUGCAAGAACAGUUAAUAUAUCUUCAGCUGGUGUAUCUCGAGCUGCUACUUUGUUGGGCUUGGAGGAGAAUACCCUUUCGACACAAUUUUUUGGACAUGUGGGCGAUAAGCUAGGCACAAAAAUAAUUUUUGAGCGGAAAAACCCAGAACAGAGGCUUGAUCUUGCAUCUUGUCCAACAGAAAACGAAGUGCAUAAGGAACCACACCGGCCAUUUGAACUUUCUAAUAACACAGUUUCUGAAUCUGGUGAGCAUUCUAUCAGAUUCAGUACCGUGGGAGGCAGAUCAAUGGCUAUUUCUAGUGCUGCACUUCAACGUGCGAGAAGCCUUCUGGGUGAAUCAGAUCUUGUGGUUUCAACAAAUAAUUUAGAAGGCCACUCUUUGGCAUCUGCAUGUAAUGUUGAGAUGCCAAAUUCAACUGUUGCCCCAAAAGAAGGUGGACCUGAUUUAUCAAAAAUAAGUACGAUCAAUGGAAAAACUGAAUUUGCAACAUUUUCCCACCAGACAAUGUCUUGUAGAAAGCACACUGGAUCCUUUGGAAAUGCUCCUGCUACCCCCGCGAAGAAAUACACCAAUAUGUUUCAUGUUGGAAGUCGUCCAAUCAGUGAAACUCCAAAGACCUCGAAGCCUUCUUCCAUGUGUUUAUCUGAAACUGACAAUGCAAAUGACACUAAAGGUAAGACCCAGCGACACCAUACGCCAGCUGGAGCGUUGGUCGACAUUAGUAACUUAAUGGGUGCACAUUCUGGAAAUAUUGACCAUGCUGUUAAUGAGAAGAGAAGAAUUGAGGGAAGAAACUCUGCAUCUUCCUUUAAACGCCCCCGCUCUUCCAUAUCUUUUGAUUUGCAUCCCACUUAGCAGGCUGUAAACUCCUUGUCCUUGAUGCCAUGCUUCUGCUAUGCCCUUUCCGACAAUGCGAGUUUGACAUUGCAGGCGUUGUUCUGCAUGCUGGCGAUGUUUAUUUAUGCAGCAGCCAGAAAAGGCAGUGGCUCUGUUUGACAGAUGGAUAUAAAUUUAUUUUGGCAUCACAGUCCAACGCAUGAUGAUUGUCUUCCAGCAGUAAGCUUUUCUUGCCCAACUGCCGGCGAUGACAACUUUUUUUCCGUUACGCCCUUUCUGCAAAUAUAGUCAUCUCUUAAGGAAGCCUACGCUGGAGUAAUGGAUGCUGCUGCUUUUCGAAGUAAACGUAAGAAAGUGGUGGAAGUUCUGCAGACUUUUUUUCCUCACUGGAUGCUCAUUGGUAGUUGUUGAAAUAUGUAUUGUAGGGUGUAUAGCGUGCUUGUGAGUUUGUACGCUGAUCCGGUUAAGUUAGGUUUGAUCUCCUCUGUACAGGUUAUAGUAAACGUCGAGAUCAAAGCCCAUAACGACUGGAUCUUAACCUCUGUAAUCUCCCGGCCUUGAACCUUUUUAUAAGGAAAACGCUUGUGUUCUGCCGA